AUGGAAGUAACGGAAAUACCCCCCGGCAUUAUAUCCUCACACAAAGCUCUCCUCUUUGGCAUCCCUCUCGACCACGCCUCCACCGCACCCGCAGUCCGCCCCUGUCUCGAGCAGGCGCGAACCUGUGUCGCCGACCUCGAGGACUUGAUCAAGCUCUGCAACGAGAACUUGCCUCUGCUCAGGACCAAACCGGCCAUCUUUCAGCGGACAAGCAACAUCAUCGAGAGGGCAAGAGGGGAAAUAGCACAAGUAUGCCAGUUGUUGGAAAGGAUGAUGGUGCGGCCUGGCUCAUCUGAAUCGUAUAAUGACCGUGACGGCGGUGGCCAGGGCGGCGCCCAGAUUCAGAUCUCUUUUAAAAAUCGCUGGGGACGACUAAGCACCGAUGCUCGGAACCUUAUUAACCACGAACAACCGCUUGUAGCGAAGGAGCAUGGUGCUGUGGUUGGCGAGUUGAAUUUUGUGAGGCAGUUGGUGCUUAUUGCUCCUACUAUUGUCAAAGGACCAGGAGCAGGAUUAGACCAUCACGGCGGCGGCGAGCGGCGUGCUAAAACGACCGUCUGGGAUAACAUGGGGCUUCUUGAUGAGAUAAUAGGGGGCGGAGGCGGAAACCGAAAUCCAAGUCGAACAACAGAACAGCAACAGCGACAACAAACAUAUGUCAACUCCAGGCUCAAAACCACAUCCGCUCCCGCCUCAGCUGCGCCCCUCCACUUCAUCGUUGUCGUUGUUGUCAAAUGUUCCUCGACCCUCGACCAACGCCUCGAGUACAACUCUGUGGAGUCCUACUACUGA